CCUCUUUCCAUCCAAUUCACAACACCAGGGUGAGGAUGAGUCACCAGGGUUUAUUGGAAACAAGUCAAAGGAGAAAAGGAGAAGGUUUUAUUAGGUUUGGAGAUACAAGCAGCUGCGUUGAAUGGAACUUUUUUUUUUUUUUCUCAAAUGACCUAACUUCCAUUCAGACUGAUAAGAAAGGCCUCUUCCUCGGGCUUUCCACGCUGCGUUCACGCUGCCUGGCCUAUCAGCUUCUCUUCCUGUUUGAGUCAGCCCCCUUUUUCCGUCUUCAUAUGGAACUCAUUUGUUUCUCUGCUGUGUGAGUGAACACAAAAGUCUGACAAACACUGUAGCUGACUGCAGUGUUGGCUUGAAUGCAUGCAUGCAUGCAGUGCUGCUGUAAGCAAUCCUGGGACACAUUGCUCCCAUCAGCCAGAAAGGCAUUACUCAGACGGUGAACCAUCUGCUGUAUCAGUCAGUUAACUGCAACUAUCUAAUCUGGCAGUUAGAUGUUUGUUGUUCAUUGAAUGAAGGAUGUAACAGGAUCUGUGUGCUUUGUGGCUGAUGUAUUGGUGAUCAGGGGCAGCAAGCAGAUAAGUUUUGUGUGCGAGUUCUCUUUGCGCUGAGUGAAAAUGCAAUUCUCAUUUAGGCUGAUAAUAAGAUGUUGGCCUUGGCUGAUUGAAAGGGUGCAGAGAGCAAUGAAAACAGAGCGAAGAGGUGAGAGAAACUGAGACAGAGAGAGAGAGAGAAAGAGAGAGAGAAAGAGGAGAGACCCUCUGCAGCUCCAGCUCUUGUUAUUUUAACCCAGAUUCAGCACUGAAAUAUGGCCACCAUGUGGACCCUCUCAAGAAGUGUGGCUCCAAUGUCGGCCCAGCCAAUCAGAGGAGACGUAGCAGCCCGGGAGGAGGGACAUGGGGAAGGGUUUUCAGGAGCCGGAGUCUGAGAGAGGCAUUAAAAGUGUGUGAGCGGAGGAGGAGAGUCAGGGCACUGAAGCCACAUCUCCAGGAGAGCUGCUGGACUAUCCACAGACCGAUGGAGACAGGUGUGUCUGAUGUGACGCCAGCAGGCUGGCUAAGGGAACACAACUUCAAUACGAUGUAGACACCAAGAAACAGACAGAAUCAGAGUCUGAAGACCGAGCUGACAGACGGAGGGUGAGUUCAAGGAGGAGGAACAACAACUGUGCCAAAACAACACCGGCGGAAGAUAAGAAGUAAAAGAGAAAGAGAGAGUGAGAAGGAGCAGACUGUGAAUCAUUGACGUGAACCUUUUGUGUACAGCGUUUUCACCUACUUCCACCUUCCUGUGAAGUGUUCACUCGCUCUCACAUCUCCACCGGAGAAGGAUCACAACCUCGGCUCCACACCGAUCCACCUCUUCACCUCUCAACGGCGUUGAAAGUCUGAACAGAGGGACACUCCAGCCACCGUCAGCAUGUGCCAUGUCAUUGUCACCUGCCGCUCCAUGCUGUGGACUCUGCUGAGUAUUGUGGCCGCGUUCGGAGAGCUCAUCGCCUUCAUGAGCACUGACUGGCUGGUGGGAUUCCCCCGCACACCUGAUGCCGUUUUCGGCCCCCAUGGGGCCACCACAGCCGGGGAGGCCUACAGGCCCACAUUAGGCAUCUACGGCCGCUGUAUAAAACUGCCCCACCUGCAGCGUGGAAUACUGUGCGGACCGUACGCGAUACACUUUGGGGAGAUUGCCAGCGGGUUCUGGCAGGCUACUUCUAUCUUCCUGGCGGCGGGGAUCCUGCUGCUCUGCGCCGUGGCGUUCAUCUCGGUGUUCACCAUGUGCUUCCAAAGCAUCAUGAAGAAGAGCAUCUUCAACGUGUGUGGACUGCUGCAAGGGAUCGCAGGUCUGUUUCUGAUCCUGGGUCUGAUGUUGUACCCCGCUGGCUGGGGUUCAGACAAGGUCCAGCUGUACUGCGGCCCCGACGCGGCUCCGUACCGAGCCGGGCUCUGCUCCAUGGGCUGGGCCUUCUACACGGCCAUGGGCGGCACCGUGCUCACCUUCAUCUGCGCCGUCUUCUCCGCGCAGGCCGAGAUCGCCACCUCCAGCGACAAGGUCCAGGAGGAGAUCGAGGAGGGCAAGAGCCUGAUCUGCCUCCUCUGAGCCUCAGAUACUUUUGGUCCUGUGCCGAAAACAGAGGAAGAAGAAGAAGAAGAAGAAGAGAGAGCGAGAGAGACAGGCCAAUAAUGAUCAACACCUGCCUGUCUGCAUUUUCUCAUAAGGCCGGCCUGUGAAAGAGAGGCGCCUGCAUUGUUUACCACUAAGACUGACUCUUAAUUUUGUCUUCGUUUUGUGUUCAUGUGGGAAAAAUCUACAAGUGCCAAGUUUUUUUCUCAGUGUGUGUCUCCGUCUUUCUGCCACUAGAGGUGCUGUGUCUGUUAUUGUAUUCGUGUAAAGCGUGCGGACGGGCCCGGCGAGGCUUCGUCCGUCACCACAUGUCCUGUAAAUAAGUGUGAUUAUAUAUAUAUUGUACAUAGUUAUGAUCGCAGAUUGAUGGUCAGCUUGAUCCAGGCUGGGCUGAUGAUGUCACUCUUGCCUUAAAAAAAACAAAAAAAAAACACUGGUGUUUUUGUCACCAGACCACGACCAGCAAACCUGGAUCUUUUUUUUUUUUUUUUAAUCUGUUUGCUACGUGUGAGUAUUAACUCAACAAGGGAACCACUACUCAGUCAGAAUAAACUACUCACAGAAUAAACAGCCUCAGCUCA